CUCAUCUCCCCUCCUUCGGUCCCUCCAUUUGGUCUGGCCUAGCUCCGCCCCUUCCACUCCCUCUCCUGCCUCCUAAGAUGGCUACGCUGUUGCCGGGCCCGGAGCCGUGGAACCGGGUGAGGAUCCCUAAGGCAGGGAGCCGCAGCGCAGUGACCGUACAGAACCCGGACACGGCGCUAGACCUUUGCAUUGCAGCUAUAAUUAAAGAAUGCUGUCGCAUUACAUUGUCACUGAAGAGCCGAACCUUAGAUGCAGAGACAGAUGUAUUAUGUGCAAUCCUUUACAGCAAUCACAACAGAAUGGGCCGCCAUAAGCCCCAUUUGGCCCUCAGACAGGUUGAACAGUGUUUAAAACGUUUGAAAAACAUGAAUUUGGAAGGUUCAAUUCAAGAUCUCUCAGAGUCAUUUUCUUCUAAUGAAAAUCAGCCUAUAAACACCAAAGCAUGUGUCAUCCCCAGCCAACCGGUGGUGGAACUGGUGUUGAUGAAGAUUCUGGGGGCCUGCAAGCUGCUGCUUCGCCUGUUGGACUGUUGCUGCAAGACAUUUCUCUUGACUGUGAAACAUCUAGGUUUGCAAGAAUUCAUUAUUUUGAACCUUGUGAUGGUUGGGCUCGUGAGCAGGUUAUGGGUUCUGUAUAAAGACGUUUUAAAAAAGCUGGUUUCCUUAUAUGAACCAUUGUUUGGAUUACUUCAAGAGGUCUCCAGGAUUCAACCAUUGCCUUAUUUCAAAGGUUUUACCUUUCCGUCUGAUAUUGUUGAAUUUUUAGGAGAGCCCUAUUUUGAAGUCUUUAAGAAAAAAAUGCCUACAGCUUUUGUAGCUAAAGGAGUAACUAAACUGCUAAAUAAACUAUUUUUAACAAAAGAGCAAUCACAGAGGUCAGGUGAAGAAACUUUACUUAGAAUUUCUGAAAAAGCUAAACAAAUGAAGAUCAAUAUACAGAAUAACAUGGAUCUUGGACAACCAGUAAAGAGUAAGAAAAUCUUAAAAGAAAAGUCAUCAGAAUUUGAUGUGAGAGCUUUCUGCAAACAGCUGAAACAAAAAGCUAUUCAGGAGAAGAGCUUUGAGUUUAAAUGUUCUCCAUCCAAACUAAAGGCAACCAACCAUUCUUCUCAGAAAGCAAUAGGAACUCCCUGUGUAAAAAGUCUUGUGCAAAGAUUCCGAGAGGCUGAGACUUUCACACAACUUUCUGAAGAAAUCCAAAUGGCAAUUCUGUGGUGUAGAAGCAAAAAACUGAAGGCUCAGACUGCCUUUCUGGGUAACAAACUUCUUAAAAGUAACCGUCUUAAACAUGUGGAAGCUCAAGGCUGUAGUUUGCCAAAGAAGCUACAGUGCAUAAAAACAUCUAUUUGCAACUGCCUUCUUCACGGCUUAGGUAUGAAAACUUCAAAGCAUCACCUGAGACGAAGAAGAUCACAGAAUAAAUUUUCACUGAAAGGAAGGAAACAGAGAAAGUUGCAGUCGACACUUUUAAAGGAAAUCCAGCAGCCCCCUCAAGGGACUCAGAGUGCUACGGAUGUCAUUAAAGGGAGACUCUCAGAUUCUACUGUUCGUAGGACUGAUCUGUACCCUAACAAUAAGCAAGUGAAUAGGAGAGUUUCAAAUCCUGUCGUACAAACUAAGGAGACACAAACUCAUGAAAAGCUUACAGAAAGCAAUGAAAAUGAGACGGAUUCUUGGACAAUGAUGCAAGGAAAUAAACAUAAUACAUCAGAAACCACUAAGGAGACAGAUGACAUUGAUGAUAUUUUUGCUUUAAUGGGAGUUUAGAGGCUCAUAUGUGAAACUUUUAACCAGUUGCUCCAGUGUUCUGCUGCUUUAAGUAGAACAGCUGAGAUGUGGAAAGAUCUGGAAGUGCCACUUGGACUCAGAGGAGCUGCUUUAGUACAGCACUGUACAGCAGUUCAUUUUAGUUCAAUAAACGCUCACCAUAGCUUUGUGUCAUUUAAUCGACA